AUGUCUAGACUGGUCUUAACUGGGGCAGGGACUGGAAAGGGUGGCGAUGGUGGACGCGGCGGUGGCGGGGGUAAGGAUGGGCAAGAUGGUGGUGGCGGGUGUAAGGAUGGAAAAGGAGGAGCUUGCGGUGGUAAGGGUGGUGCAGGUGGAAGCGGUGGUGGAGGUCGUGGCGGUGAUGGUGGCGGGAAAAGCAAGGAGAGCGGUAAUGAAAAUAAAAGCGAACGCGACAAGAAAGACGAUCAAAGACGAGGUCAAGAUGGCGAAGAUGGCGCUGGAAACGGGGGACGAGGUGGUCGUGGUGGUGGUCAGGAUGUUAGUCAGGGUGGAGAAGGUGCAGGGAAAAAGGGAUAG